AUGGCCCUUAAAUUUACAGACUGUCCUCCACCUGGGCCCCAAAACCUUUACAGACUUAAACAACAGAUCCAAAUGUGCUACCAUCCUAAAAGUGUCACCCAGGGCAUCAUGCCCCAUAACCUUGUCUUCACCACAUUGCCCCCAUUGUUCCCCCACCCCCACUGGCUCUCACCUUACCCCUACAGUUAUGCUACUGAUGACUUUUACAUUCAAGUUCUGGCCCUUAAAUUUACAGACUGUCCUCCACCUGGGCCCCAAAACCUUUACAGACUUAAACAACAGAUCCAAAUGUGCUACCAUCCUAAAAAUGUCACCCAGGUAUCUCAACUUAAAAAGAAGAAGCAAAUCAACAAGGAAGCUGAAUACCCUGUUGCAUAUGGACGCUGGAUGAAACCCAAAUGCCUGGUGUAUGCAAAGUUUGACUUUCUGUGCAUCGACGCAACAGUGUUUUCCACCAAACAUCCAGACAGAGCUGAAGAACUUGAAUUUAUGGUUGAUUCUGGCAGCGAUGUGGUGACGUUGAGGAAAGACAUUGUUGAAAAGCUCGACUUGAAAGAACUGGGACACGUUCGCAGCAAAGGAGUCCAUGUAUCAAUGCACAAAACCCUUUAUGAAGCCAAGCUUAAACUCGGAUCAGUUGAACUUAAAAUUGAGGUUAUUUCUGAGGAAUAUAAUUCAUUAGGGAACCGUGUGUUUCGCUGCUUCCGUCACUACAUCAGUGGUUCUCGGCACAUUUGGCUCAAGGGAGAUUACGUUGACCCUUCGAUGCAAUGUGAGCCAAGCGGAAACUACAGCCGGAAAGACAGAGAGUCGGACGAGGAGAAUAACCAAAUAUCUGUGAUGAAACCAACUGAUUCAAAACUGAACGGUUGUCCUUUAGAUGAAGUGGUCAGCAACACAGAAGAGGCCAAAUCUAAAGCAGACCAAACGGAAGAUGAUGAAGCACAAAGAUUAGAUCAUAUAGCAUCACAAGACAUUGACAAUCAAACGAAACAAAACUAUACAGAGGGUGAUGAACUGGCCGAGUAUUCCGAAUCAGUUCAAGAGAAAUACAAGACUCCGAAACGGUCUCGGAAGUUGAGGCCCCUGUGUGCCAGCAAACUGAAAAGAGAUCGAAAGUCUAGGAAAAGGAAACGUAAUUUGUUUUCCAACGAAGAACCAAGUCGAAAGAAAGCUUGUGGGAAACUCACAUACGACACAGUUGCUUCAUGAUGUUUCAUGAAUGUUUGAAAACCGAAACAUUUGUAAUGCCACCAUUUUUGGAAGAAUUACUAUUUUAUAUAUUUAUCAUUUUUUUUUUUUUUUAACUUACAGCAUUUGAUGGCAUAAAAGACAUAUGGACACAUAUUAGAUCAGCAGCUUUCAACUGGGGUCCAAAUGGCCCAUGACGGUCCAUAUGGUGUGCAAGGGUCCAUAUAAGAUUUCGGUGGGGCCCACACAACAAAAUUGUAAAUUAGGGGUCCACACAACAAAAUUAUAAAUCAGCAGCUUUCAACUGGGGUCCAAAUGGCCCGUGAGAGUCCAUAUUGUGUGCAAGGGUUCAUAUAAGAUUUUGGUGGGGUCCACGCAACAAAAUUGUAAAUUAAGGGUCCACACAACAAAAUUGUAAACUAGGGGCCCACACAACAAAAUUGUAAAUUAGGGGUCCACACGACAAAAUUGUAAAUUAGGGGUCCACAAAAGUAUUUUAAGGGCCCCUGAAAAAAUUUUGCUUUUGAUUUAUGUAUUGGUAUGUAUUGCAAGAAAAAGCUGGGUUUCUUUCUUUAAUGUUUUACAGAGUUCAAACUACACGAGUUAAUAUGUGGGUCCAUAUAAGAUUUUGGCUGGGCCCACACAACAAAAUUGUAAAUUAGGGGUCCACACAACAAAAUUGAAAAUUAGGGGCCCACACAACAAAAUUGUAAAUUAGGGGUCCACACGACAAAAUUGUAAUUAGGGGUCCACAAAAGUAUUUUAAGGGCCCCUGAAAAAAUUUUGCUUUUGAUUUAUGUAUUGGUAUGUAUUGCAAGAAAAAGCUGGGUUUCUUUCUUUAAUGUUUUACAGAGUUCAAACUACACGAGUUAAUAUGUGGGUCCAUAUAAGAUUUUGGCUGGGCCCACACAACAAAAUUGUAAAUUAGGGGUCCACACAACAAAAUUGAAAAUUAGGGGUCCACACAACAAAAUUGUAAAUUAGGGGUCCACAAAAGUAUUUUAAGGGCCCCUGAAAAAAUUUUGCUUUUGAUUUAUGUAUUGGUAUGUAUUGCAAGAAAAAGCUGGGUUUCUUUCUUUAAUGUUUUACAGAGUUCAAACUACACGAGUUAAUGUGUGGAAAGCAAAAUAGGAAUUUUGAAAGAAGUUUCUAUAAAACUAGUUAUUAAACAUCGAAUGGCUAUGAUAGGGUCCACCAAAAUAAAAUAGUAAUCAAAGGGGUCCAGAGACCAGAAAUAGUUGAG